CUCCUCCAUCCUCCAUCACCACAACCACCAGAGACGCGAAGGAUGGCGACCGACGAGCAGCCUCCCACAUCCGCACGAUCGUCCUAACACACCCGGGCAUCGCGCACCGGGGGGGAACGCGCUCUGGAACAUGGAGGAGCAGCACCACCAUCACCACCACCAUCAGCCCCAGCAGCCCCAGCCCCAACCCCAGCCCCACGACCAGGAGCAGCUGCUGCAGGUGCUCCGGAGGCUCAAGGAGGUGUUCGACAUGUGCGACCGGGACGCGGACGGCUUCAUCCGGGUGGAGCACUUGAUCAAUCUCGGGCUGCAGUUCGGACAAGGAGACGAGAUCAAGAGGCUGACCAAUUUCCUGGACCCCAACGCUCACGGCAAGAUCAACUUCCGAGACUUCUGCCACGGAGUGUUCGCCAUUAAAGGCUGUGAGGAGAUUCUGAAGAUGCCCGUCACCGCUCGCUCUCGCUCCUCCAGUCAGGCUUCAGUCACUGACAACGGAUACAUCUACCAGAAUGGUGAGGCGAAGCUGGGCCCUCCUAACAUAGUGUGCAGCUCUGAGCCCACACACCAGCGACGCAGCAGCAGUGCGUCUGCCUCGGUGCUCUCUGGAGAGGAGCAGUUCGAGGACUAUGGUGAAGGAGAGGACGUGGAGUUCAGCCCCAGCAGCCCGUGUCCAGAGGAGGACUCCCCCCACACUCACGGCUUCUCAGAAAUGGGCUCCUCUCUGCCCUCCAGCGGCGGCGAGACUCCCCAGAAGAUGCGUCAGCUCUGUAACAGCGAGCUCCUGGACAUUUACUGCUCCCAGUGCUGCAAGAAAGUCAACCUGCUCAACGACCUGGAGGCACGGCUCAGGAACCUCAAGUCCAACAGUCCUCGGAAAAUCUCCAGCCGAGCGUUUGGAAGGCAGCUGAUCCAGGCCAACCACAGUGUGUUUGGCUCCAGUCCUCACAGCAGCACAGAGGAUCUGUUCACCGACAGCAUCGACUGCUGUGACCUGGACAUCGCCGAGAAGGUGAGUUACCUGGAGAAGAAGGUGACGGAGUUGGAGGGAGACUGUCUGGCCAACGGAGACCUCAAGUCCAAACUCAAGCAGGAGAACACUCACCUGGUGCUCAGGGUGCACGAGCUGGAGGAGCAGGUGAAGGACACUGUGAGCAGAGCGGAUCAGAGCCUGGAGGACGAGUCCAAACGACACAGGGAGGUGUACAGCAAAAUGGAACGAGACCGAAACCAUGAGAUCGAGCUGCUCUGCUCCAGGAUACAAGAACUGGAGGAGGAGAACGGAGACAUGAAGUUAAACGUGCGCAAACUCCGCUCCCAGACUGAGAAACUGGAUCAGGAGAAACAGAGGAUGUCGGACAAGCUGGAGGACACCAGUCUGAGGCUCAAGGACGAGAUGGACCUGUACCGGAAGAUCAUGGACAAGCUCUGGCACAACCGCCAUGAGUUCCAGAAGGAGAAGGAGGCCAUGCAGGAGUUGAUAGACGACCUGCGGCGCGAGCUGGAGCACCUGCAGCUCUUCAAACUGGAGGUGGAGCAUCCGGGCCAAGGGAAGAGUCUGUGCGAGCUGAACGCCCGAACCAGAGAGAUCGAGAUGGAGCACGAGGUCAAGAGGCUCAAACAGGAAAACUACAAACUCCGAGAUCAGAACGACGACUUGAACGCCCAGAUUCUCAGUUUGAGCCUGUACGAAGCGAGGAAUCUGUUCUCCUGCCACAGUAAAGCUCAGUCUCUGGCAGCCGAGAUCGACAGCGCCUCCAGGGACGAGCUGGUGGACGCUCUGAAGCACCAGGAGGAGAUCAACCUGCGUCUGAGGCAGUACAUGGACAAGAUCAUCCUGGCCAUCCUGGAGCAUAACCCGUCCAUACUGGAGAUCAAACAGACCUAACAUAGGCCUCUGUGUUUACACUUAGAUGAGAGUUUAGACAUGCACCACGAGCAUUUCACCAACAGAGGGAGCCAGGGUCUGUCUAUAGUGUCAAAGUCAUUACAGUCAUCCUCCUCGUUUAGCCCGCUGUGGGAGCACUUAUACGCCUCACGCUCCGGACUGCCACUCAAACAGGGCUUAGAGUCACACGUUCAUUUGCCAAAGCUCACGUGCGUUAGUAGUAACUGAUCCCCUCAGCUGUAAUUACUCAGUUGUGACAUUUCCUUCCAUCCUCUAUAUCUUGUGAUUAUUCUGUGUGGAGAUGCUCUGCGCAGGUUCCUGUGGUCGAGACUCAAAACUGACACUGGUUUGUGACACGCGCUGUAAAGAUGACAGAAUGUUUGACCGUGUGCUUCAGAGGACACGUCUCUGAGCGUCUAGAUUGUCCACAUCAGAACCACUAGACUGUUUAGCCCAUAGACUGUUUGGUUUAGUCUCAUAACCUCAGCUCUUUGUCUGGAGAUGAAGAGUCUGUCUGAAGCACUUGAACUGACGACUAGAGCUGCUGCUGCUUUAGUAGAAGCUGUGUGUCUGAGGACUCUGACCUGUGGCAUCUCAUGUGAUGUAAAAACAUGAUCUUUAUAUGAUCUUUUUCAGUGUCCCAUGCUUAAGCUAGCCAAACACCACGGUGUUCCUGAGAGGAGGCAGCGCGGGGCUGCUACACUGCACUAAAGUACGAUGUAGUUGAACUAGUUUUGCUUUGUUGCACAAAGUGUAUUUCUGGUAGUUUUGCAUCUUCUGUUGACAGUGUGGAAUAUGGUAUGUAUUUAUGCACAAAUAUAGUGUUCUGUUCAGAUGUCACUUUGAUUUAAUCACAUAUUUAUUGACACAUCACAAUGUAAAUCAUCUGUAAAUGAUUCUAAUCACAGUGUGCUGGUUUCACCACUGUCUUUGGUGAACAUGUGUGCGGAUAUAACUUCACAAAGUGAAAUGACAUUUGACAUAAUAAAGUCACUUCAUACAAGAGUGGACUGAACAUUUAUUUGAGAAUGUUCUUCUUUGAAUUGUUCAUGUUUUAUGUUUUAUGUAAAGUUUAUGUUUUAAACUUGUUGUAGUGUUUGUGGUGGUGUUUCCCCUCCGCGCCGCUUGGUGUCAGCAGUUCUCCACAGACCUGCCGCCAAAAACCCUGUUUGACAGAGGCUGUUUUCUUUGGGCUGAAGCUCCGACAAAAGCAGCGCAAACAUCUCAUCAUUUUUACUCCAAACUGCCCCACAAGAGCCCCCAGAGCCGCCAUGUACGCCAGCUCCAACCCGGGCAGCGCGCACGGAGACUUCCAGGACAGGAACGGAGUCAACUACGUGUCCUCCGCCGAGUCUUUCGGACACUGCUCGCAAUUGUUCUGGAAAAAGGACCCCAGUGAUUCCGGACCGAGUUCGACCAUCAGCUGGUGCGAGCAGCUGCCGCCCUCCUCCGCGGCGCUGUCCGGCUCCAGCCUGUCCCCGGCCUCUCUGUCCCUGGAGCCCUCCGCCCCGCCGCCCGCCCCCCUCCGCUCCACCCACGCCGGCCUCGGACAUCGCCCCCUCAGCCCCGGACGACACGGAGUCCGACGAGCGGCCCUAUGUCUGCGACCUGUGCAACUGCGCCUACAAACACGCCAGCUCCCUGCUCAACCACAAGCUCACGCACAAGAUCGGAGACUU